AUGGCAACCAACGGAGCCCCAACCUCGACCGGCCCCAAACCCGUCGUCACCGACGAGGUCCAGAAGGUCUUCAAAAACUUCGACGCCAACGGCGAUGGCAAGAUCUCCGUCAACGAGCUCGGCAACGACCUCAAGGCCCUCGGCUCCAACGUCUCCGGCGACAAGCUCAAGCGCGUCAUGGUCGAUCUCGACACCGACAACGAUGGCUUCAUUUGCCUCGACGAGUUCAACUCCUUCUGGGUCUCCGGCUCCAAGGACGGCGGCGCCGCUGAGCUCAAAGACGCCUUCGAUCUCUACGACCAGGACCGCAACGGCCUCAUCUCCACCAACGAACUCCACCUGGUGCUCAGCCGCCUCAACUUGGCCUGCACGGUCGAGGAUUGCAACCGGAUGAUCAAGUCCGUCGAUGCCGACGGCGACGGGAAUGUGAAUUUCGAGGAGUUCAAGAAGAUGAUGGGGCACAGCGUCUCCACCAACUGAACCACCGCCAACGCCGCCGUCUAGUGCCGCCACACGGUAGUCGUCGCUCUCAAUCUACAAGCUGAUUUUAAAUCCGAACUCCAUCUCUUGGAAGUUGACAAAGUUAGGGUUUAACUUUUGAAACAUAGGGAAAUAAUAUACGUGUAGAUUAGAUCAUCAACUGGAUGUGGAUAUCGAAAAAUGGGAUCUGAUCUCAUCCUUCUCUUUAAUAUGUGUAGUUUUUAUGAUUAUAUUGUGGUUAAUUUGCUCGAAAUCGCAUCACAUUUCCCUCUA